AUGAAUACCAAUCAGGGAUCCACCCCAGUCUCAAUCUUUCCAACGAGUAACUCUCAACCAGCUUUGAGUGGAAAUAACACAAUAGGCCAAUCUAAGCCAGGUCAAGGAGCUACAUCCACCGCACAGUUUAGUUUUGGAAACACAACCUCGGCGGCUACUGGAGCUACUGCUAAUAAACCAUUCACUUUUGGGACCUCAGAAAAUAAGGCACCUUUAAGCUUUGGAUUCGGCAAUAAGCCUGCUACUACUACUCCUCAAAGUAACGAUCAAACAUCUUCUUCGGGAUUAUUUGCCAUGAAUGCCCCAAGCGCAUCUGCAUCCUUCUCAAGCGGUUUCAAGUUUGGAACUACGCAAAAAGAUGAUCAAGCUAAAGCGUCCGCCUUUUCAUUUGCUGGAACAGGCAAUCCAACUGGCAAGAAUCCAACCUCUAAUAAGAAUGACGAAAACAAAACCACACCAGCGUUUAGUUUCGGGGGAAUUUCUGAGGAUGGUUCGAAAAAGGCGACCCCAAUGUUCAAUCUAAAUACCCAGGCAGACAAAACUGACAAUCAAGUGAAGGAUAAAACUACAGAACCCAAACCAGCCUUUUCAUUUGGUAGUCUAUCUAGUAAGAAAGAAAAUACUGCUUCAACACUCGGAAGUAAGGAAGCAACAAGCAACACUCCAAGCUUUUCUUUUGGCUCCAAGGCUGACAAACCUGCCUCACUAAACUUAGGACAGGAUUCAAGCGGGAAUAUUGGCAUGCCUUCAGUUAAGUUCGCCGCUGAAGAGAAAAAAGGCACUACUUCUCCUUCUUUUUCAUUUGGAGCAAGUGGAAAUACUGUAACUGACGUUAAGAAGAAAGAAGGGUCUGGUAAAUCAGACUUCCAAUUUGGUGCAGACGUUGGUGGGAAAAAAGUAGAGACUGUGAAUAAACCAACUUUUCAAUUUGGUGGGACACCUGAUGGUAACAAACAGGAGGCACCUGAUAAACCUAUGUUCUCAUUAGACUCAAAAGCAGGAGACAAUAAAAAUCCUCUCGAUAUGAAGCAACCGGCAUUUCAAUUCAAGUCACAGCCCGAAGCAAAAAAAGCAGAAGAGGCAACGAAACCAGCACUCCAAUUUGGAGGGAAACCAGAAGAUUCAAAAAAGGUUGAAGAGGUCACAAAACCAUCAUUAUUGUUUGGUGCUGGUACUGUUGCGGGCAAGAAAGAUGAUGACUCUAAGAAACAAUCCUUUGCGUUUGGUACCAAAACUGAAGACAAGAAUGCAGUGCCCAAGAUUGGCUUUGCCUUUGGCGACAAGCAAGAAGCAAAGGUUAACACCGAAAGUAAUAAAAAGCCGGAAAAUAAAGAGCCUAAUAGAGAAAAAUCUGUGGCAAAACCAAUUAGUGCUACACAAUCAUUAAAUAGUAAAACUGUGGAACCUAAACCAGUUUCGUUAGAUAAUAAGACGCUCGAUGAUUUGGUUACGAAAUGGACCAACCAGCUAACAGAUGCAGCUACACAUUUUGAUAAUUAUUCCAAAAAAGUAAACAACUGGGACCAAAUGUUGGUGAAAGGUGGGGAACAAGUCAGUCAACUUUACUCCGACACAUUAGCCGCUGAACAAAAUCAGAAUAAAAUUGAUCAAUCGUUACAGUACAUCGAGAGACAACAAGAUGAAUUAGACGUAUUUUUAGACUCUUACGAAAAGAAAGCUGAUACCUUACUUUCUGACAUUCUGUCGAACUCGUCUGCUAAUAUUGCAAGUAACAAUGAUCAGAAGAGACAACAAGCGUAUCGUACGGCGGAAACUUUGGAUGAGAAUUUAGAUUCGCUUUCUUUGAAUCUUUCAUCUUUGAUAACGGAGAUAAACGAGGUAAGUGCAAAUUUCAAUAAGGCAACAAGCAUUAACUUAAAUAAUAAAGAUGAAAAUGCCCAACUUAUUAGAUUGUUGAACGCCCAUUUAGAUGCAUUGAAAUCGCUUGACAAUAAUUCUAACCUUUUGGAACAGAAGAUCAAAGCGUUAAGUAAAUAA